UAAAAAAAAUGAGCCGUAUUGUACGAGAGAGUACAUCAAAUAAUUUCUUUAGUCCGAAAAUGAUCAGUGCUGCAAUAUUUAUAGUUUUGUUUUUUCUUCAUAAUCAAUUCAGUCUCUCAGAGGCACAACUCCAAUUUGGGUUCUACUCAAAAACAUGUCCAUCAGCAGAAUCCAUCGUCCGUAACGCUGUUCAACAGUCAAUGACCCGCGACCCCGGAAAUGCUGCUGUCUUACUCCGUCUCCAUUUCCACGAUUGCUUUGUCGAGGGUUGUGAUGGGUCGAUUCUAAUAAAACACGAAGGAAAUGAUGACGAGAGAUUUGCUGGGGGUAACGCUGGUGUGGGAGGUUUUGAUGUUAUAGACGAAGCCAAAUCAGAGCUUGAACGUCAGUGUCCGGGCGUUGUGUCUUGCGCCGACAUCGUUGCUCUUGCUGCUAGAGAUGCUGUUGCUGAGGCAAAAGGACCUUUUUACGAGGUUCCAACAGGACGAAGAGAUGGUAACACUGCAAAGUUGAGUAACGCUGCGAACUUGCCAGAUGCUCAAGAUUCCAUAAACAUUUUGAAAUCCAAAUUCAGAGAAAAGGGGCUUUCAGAUAAAGAUCUUGUACUUCUUAGUGCUGGUGCACAUACUAUUGGCACAACAGCGUGUUUCUUCGUUAACCCACGUUUAGAUGCUCAAGACCCCACGAUAAACCCAGAGUUCUUCCAAGUGUUGAGGUCAAAGUGUCCACAAGGUGGUGAUGUUAAUGUCAGAAUUCCGUUGGAUUGGGAAAGCCAGUUUGUGUUCGACGACCAAAUCUUGCAGAACAUCAAAAAUGGCAAAGGAGUCAUUCUAUCAGACUCUGUUUUGUAUCAAGACAAUAAUAUGAAGAAAAUCAUUGAUUCAUAUUUGGCCAAUAACGGGAGUUCGAAAGCGAAUUUUGCUGUGGAUUUUGCUGAAGCCAUGGUAAAGAUGGGUACCAUUGGGGUGAAGGUCGGUGUUGAAGGAGAGAUCAGACACAUAUGCAAUGCUACAAAUUAGUUUCGAUUAACAAAUGCUCAUAUUAAAGUAAAUGCAUAUUAAAUAUCCAAUCCGAAUAUGUUGGAUUUAAAUAAAUAUAAUGAUCAAUGAUUCUUAGGACUAUGAUAAAAACAUG